GCGUUGCCAGAUCGAAGAACGAGCGUCCGGGGAAAUAAUAACAAAAAUUGGAAACUGCAGAUUUAAUAUUCCGCGAGAUGUCCAUGAUUCCGUUCUUUCCCACACUCAAGGUGUCCGUGGCGAAUCGCUACUGGUUGGACAUGGCUCCCGCCUCUGUCAACGAGGAGUCCCAGACGCGGCGCUACGAGGACGAGCGCAGCAACUGGCGGGAGUCGCUUAAAACAGCCGGAACAGACCUCCAGCCCCUGGGCAAGAUGCUCACCAUUCCCGGAAUUGAGACUGAUGACGAGGAUGCCAACGAUGACAGCGAGGAUACGGACAGUCACGACGAAGAGGAUGACGAGACCAACGAUCGCGUCAUUCCAGUCACCCAGGACUUUUACUCCGCCGAUGACAUCCAGAUGAACGACGAGACCUCGCCAACAGCUCCCUGAAGGGAUGGUUAUCUCCGGUCUCUGAAUGUCGAGAUUACAAUUUUUUCGCCUGGUGGAUACACAAUUAUUUAUUUUCGCGUCUUGUUCCCUUUACAAACAGUAAUAACAAGUGUCGGAUACUUUAGGCUUAAAUAAAUUAUAACAUAGUAA